CUAAAGAGCCUUCAAAACACCGCAGGGUCUCCUGUUUUCCUUUCCUUGAACUUGGUUUGGUGGAACAGAGAGAGACCUGCCACUCAGCUGACCUGCUCCCUCUUCUCAAGAAAGGGAGAAAAUGAGACGACUGAGUCCCUUGUUUCUGGUGCUCUUCUUGGCUUGGGAAGUAUGGAGCUUCGCCUUCCUCAUUGGGGACAUUCCAGAGGAUGUGGAUGAAUUGCUGGACUUUGAGAUGGAUGGAUUCGUUUCACGAUCCACACGGAGAUAUGGCAGACACCAGAGAAGUAUAGCCAAUGCUGAUGAUUCGGGAGAAAUGGUGCAGGGCGAUGACAACAUCAUCCUCUAUAGCUACAAGGUCCAGUCAGUCAUUACGUCUCGGCUGGCCAACACGAUGGUCCAGAGCAAAGUGGUGAAUAAUGCCAAGCAUGCCCAGAACCUGGUCUUCGAUGUCCAGAUCCCAAAAGGGGCCUUCAUCCACAACUUCACCAUGAACGUCAACGGCAUCACGUUCACGAGCUCGAUAAAAGAAAAAUCUGAAGCCCGAAGCCAAUACGCCCAAGCCAGGGCCAGGGGCAAAACGGCUGGGAUACUGAGGAGCAAUGCUCUCGACAUGGAGAACUUCAAAGCUGAACUCAAUGUGCCCGGAGGAACCAAAGUCCAGUUUGAAAUCCAUUACCAAGAGCCGAUCCGGAGGAAAUUGUCAUCUUAUGAGCAUAUUAUCCCCCUCCAGCCUGGCCGGCUGGCUAAACACCUCGAGGUGGACAUCCACAUCAUCGAGCCUCAGGGAAUUAGCUUCGUCCAUGUCCCCAACUCUCUGGGAGAUGAGUUUGCAGAUGCUAUUGUUGUCACCAAAGGGGAGAAAAAGGCCCACGUAUCCUUCAAGCCCCCAGUGGCUCUGCAACGGAAGUGCCCCACUUGCGCCUCCACGGCGAUUGACGGCCAUUUUGCGGUGACGUACGAUGUAAACAGAGAUAGCAAAGCUGGAGAGCUGGAGAUUUUCAACGGGUAUUUCAUCCACUACUUUGCUCCUGAAAAUCUGGAGCCCCUGCCCAAAAACAUCCUUUUUGUGAUUGAUGUCAGUGGUUCAAUGUGGGGACUGAAAAUGAAGCAAACCGUCGAAGCGAUGAAAACCAUCCUGGGGGACCUCCGCUCCGAUGACCAGUUUUCAAUCCUCGACUUCAACCACCAUGUGCGAACCUGGAAAGAUAGCUUAGUGCACGCUUCCAAAUCAGAGACUGAAGCUGCCAAGAAGUAUAUUGAGGGAAUCCAUCCUAAUGGAGGGACAAACAUUAAUGAUGCUCUCCUUCGAGCAAUCUUUAUUUUAAACGAAGCCAACAGAAUGGGAAUGUUGGAUUCGAACUCGGCAUCCAUGAUUGUGCUGGUGUCCGAUGGAGAUCCCACUGUGGGAGAGCUGAAGCUGCCCAACAUUCAAAAGAACGUGAAGAAGAACAUUCAGGAUGACAUUUCCUUGUUCUGCCUCGGCAUCGGCUUUGACGUGGACUAUGAUUUCCUGAAGAGGCUGUCCACCGAAAACAACGGGAUGGCGCAAAGGAUUUUUGGAAACCAGGAAACCUCCUCUCAGAUGAAGAAAUUCUACAACCAAGUCUCCACCCCGCUUCUGAAAAACAUCGAGUUCAACUAUCCCCAGGGCAUGGUAUCCGACGUCACCCACAACAGCUUCCAAAACUACUUUGGAGGAUCAGAGAUUGUGGUCGCGGGAAAAGUCGACACAGAGAAUGUGCAGCACUUGCAGAGCAUUGUCACAGCCACUGCCUCCAACGCAGAGUUAGUCUUGGAGACCUUGGCAGAUUCCGAGGGUCUGGAUGAAUUCCUGAGCAAAGAUAAGCACGCUGACCCCAAAUUCACGGAGAAGUUGUGGGCCUACAUAACCAUCAACCAGCUUAUGGCCGAGAGAAACCUGGCCUCGUCGGCUGCCCAGAAGAGGAACAUCACUAAGAGGAUCCUGCAGAUGUCCCUGGACCACCACAUCGUGACCCCGUACACGGCAAUGUUGAUCGAGAGCCCCAGCGGAGAUGAGCUGAUGCUGGCUGACUCUCCCCGAGACCACAAGCGGGCGUGCUGCCCAGGCGCUUUAGCCGUUGGCCACCCAAAGCCCGACAAUGCCAUCCCGCCAUGGGCCAAGUCCACUUCAGUGCCAAAGGAGCCACUGAGUCUUGUGAAGGGGCCAACCGCAGCGGCCAUACAUGCAGGAUCCUUAUUUAUUAACCAAGCAGUGACUGACAAUUCCAUCCCUUCUUGGGCGAGGCCCACCCCGAAGCCAGGGGGCCCAUUAGCUGUGGCCAUGGGUCCAACUGUUACUGUCAUACACGCAGGAGCAUUACUUUUAGGGCAGCCCCAGCCCGAUAAUUCCACCACAUCUGCGGGCAAACAGACAAAGAAAUCAGCUGGCAGCGGAAUACAUUCAGUGGACAACGAUCCCCAUUUUAUCAUCACCUUGCCCAGGCAACAGAAGAACGUCUGCUUCAAUAUCGAUUCCAAACCUGGAGCGAUCCUGAACUUGGUUUCCGAUGUUGACUCUGGAAUUGCUGUGAACGGAGAGCUUGUCGGGGCCAAGCAGGCUGUAAACGAAAAGCUUCAGACCUACUUUGGGAAGAUUGGGUUUGAUUUCAAAAAGAAAGGCCUCAAGGUGGAAGUGAGCACCGAAGCCUUAACCCUGAUGGACGGCUCUUCCAGUAUUUCCCUGUCCUGGUCUGAGACAGGGAGCAUCAUUCGGAGAAGACUACUCAUCGUAGUGAACAGGAACAGCAAUGCCACCAUCGUAGUUAACGGGAACAUGACCUUCACGGUUUUGCUUCACCGAGUUUGGAAGAAGCAUCCGGUCAACAUUGACUUCCUGGGAAUCUACAUUCCUCCCGAAAACCACUUCUCUUCCAGUGUCCAUGGUCUUAUAGGUCAGUUCAUACUUGAACCCACUGUGCAUAUCUACAAUGAAAGGCCAGGGCAAGAUCCGGAGAAACCUGAAGCCACCAUGGAAGUGAAGGGCCACAAGCUCACAGUUACCAGGGGAAUCCAAAGGGAUUACCGCCUGGACCGAGUGUUCGGGACUCGCGUUCAAUGCUGGUUCGUGCACAACAGCGGGAAGGGCUUCCUCCACGGCCACUACCAAGAUUACCUCGUCCCUACCUUAUACAGCUUUCUGAACUGGCCCUGAAGGGGCAUUAGGAGAGAGCCCGCCCACUGCAACCAAGCCCCGCCCCUUCCGGUCCAGACAGCUUUGCAUUAAUCCACUGUUGGACCCGGAGGAAAAGCUUUCCCGAUAGACGAGUCCGAGCAAGCGGGCUACAUCUAGCCAGCAGAGCUUGCUUUGUCCUGUGGCUACAUAAGAGCCCCUCCACAACGAUAGCAAAAUCACAUCUGUCACUAUUCAGAACCAUACCCAACAGUGCAGCGGGCGAAACGACAGAAAGAGAGGGGUCGAGGCAGAAAAGCAGUUGAUGCCCCAAUCUCGUUCACUUUUAAACUUAAGCGAAGGUGCGUUAUACAGUGUAGUUCUGUUUACUGGACAUUUAUACCACAUGCUGAAAUGUAACUUAAAACAAUGCAAUUAAAAGAAAAUUAAAAGUC